UGGACAGACAAAUGCGGCGCAGCCUUCCGUCUGCCCAGUCUUUACAGCUCGUACCUCACCGAUUUACAUCAGCGCUUUAGUGAGAAUUCAGAUCUAGGUAUACGCUUUUUUUCCAUCAGUCUUGUUUCAGAACAUGAGGUCGUUUGGUACUGCAGCCAUGCUCCUGCUGGUCCCCUGAUUCGCGAAGCAGCCGCCUGCUUCUCCCGAGCUCAGGAUGUCCAGUAGCUCGGGCUACCCCGCUGGCCAGGGGGGCUCCAGCGGCGAGCAGACCCGCUACCCACCCCACUCCGUUCAGUACACCUUCAGCAACGCACGGCACCAGCAGGAGUUUGCCGUUCCAGACUAUCGUUCCCACUCACAGGACCCUCAGGGCCGGAGAAGACCCUCAUUGCUGUCAGAGUUUCACCCAGGAGCUGAAAGGCCGCCGGAGAACUGCCAUGGCUUCGAGAUGCAGUUCCUCUCCUUCACUGCCCAGGCCAUGGAGCAGUUGGAGGCCAAACGGCCCCGCAUGGAGACCAUCUCCGAGUCCCACAUCGCCCGCGCCCCUUCCACCACCGGGGGCAUCAUCAUGCCCCUGCCCCACGCGGUCCAGGACAGCCUCAGGGCCAACAUGGAGGUGAAGAAGGAGUCCCAGUACAGCAUCAAAAUGGAGACCUCGUCCCCAGGCGGGCAUGCGUCCCAUCUGGGGGAGGACCAGGACACGUCCCCCUCCAAGCUGUCCAAGGAGGAGCUGAUCCAGAGCAUGGACCGUGUGGACCGGGAGAUCGCCAAAGUGGAGCAGCAGAUCUUCAAGCUGAAGAAGAAGCAGCAACAACUGGAGGAGGAAGCCGCCAAGCCAGUGGAGCCCGAAAAGCCUGCGACUCCUCCCCCGGUGGAGCACAAGCAUCGCAGCAUCGUGCAGAUCAUCUACGACGAGAACAGGAAAAAAGCAGAGGAGGCCCAUAAAGUAUUUGAGGGUCUUGGCCAGAAGGUUGAGCUGCCCUUAUACAAUCAGCCGUCGGAUACCAAAGUGUACCAUGAGAACAUCAAGACUAACCAAGUAAUGAGGAAGAAGCUGAUUCUGUUUUUCAAGCGGAGGAACCAUGCUCGUAAACAGAGGGAGCAGAACAUCUGCCAGCGCUACGACCAGCUGAUGGAGGCCUGGGAGAAGAAGGUGGAGCGGAUGGAGAACAACCCGCGGCGGAAAGCCAAGGAGACGCGGACGCGCGAGUACUACGAGAGGCAGUUCCCCGAGAUCCGCAAGCAGCGGGAGCAGCAGGAGCGCUUCCAGAGGGUUGGCCAGAGAGGAACGGGUCUAUCUGCCACCAUAGCAAGAAGCGAGCACGAGAUCUCCGAAAUCAUCGACGGCCUUUCUGAACAGGAGAACAACGAGAAGCAGAUGAGGCAGCUGUCCGUCAUCCCCCCCAUGAUGUACGACACGGAGCAGCGGCGGGUGAGGUUCAUCAACCUCAACGGCCUCAUGGACGACCCCAUGAUCGUGUACAAAGCCCGGGGCUUCAUGAACGUCUGGACGGAGCACGAGAAGGAGAUCUUCAAGGAGAAGUUUCUGCAACAUCCCAAGAACUUUGGCCUCAUUGCUUCUUACCUUGAGAGAAAGUGUGUGUCAGACUGUGUCCUCUACUACUACCUCACCAAGAAGAACCACAACUACAAGACUCUGGUGAGACGCAACUACGGCAGGCGGAGAGGGAGGAACCAGCAAAUCACACGUCCCUCGCACGAAGACAAGGUAGAAGAGAAAGCCGAAGAGGACAAAUCCGAAAAGGCAGAGAAGAAAGAGGACGAGGAGAAGAAAGACGAGGAAGAAAAAGAUGAGAAGGAGGAAUCCAGGGACAUCGGUAAGGACAAAGACAAGUGCGACGGCGGGGAGGACGAGGACGGCAAGGAGCAGAGCACGCCGCGCGGCAGGAAGACGGCAAACAGCCAGGGCCGCCGCAAGGGACGGAUCACCACCCGCUCCAUGGCCAACGAGGCCGCCGCCGAGGAGCCUUCGCCUCCCUCCUCCUCCUCCGCCGCCGAGCCCGGCCCCCCUGAGCCCCCGCAGGCCUCCAAGGUGGAGCCAGCCCAGAAGAGCGGCAAGGAGCCCCCCAAGCCCCAGACACCACUGGCCGCUAUGGAAGCCAAUAAAGCUGGCACCGUUGAAACUGGAGAAACUUCUCGCUGGACCGAGGAGGAGAUGGAGGUCGCCAAAAAAGGUUUGGUGGAGCAUGGACGAAACUGGACGGCCAUAGCCAAAAUGGUGGGCACCAAAAGCGAAGCGCAGUGCAAGAACUUCUACUUCAACUACAAGCGGCGACACAACCUCGACAACCUACUCCAGCAGCAUAAACAAGACACGCGGCGGGCGAGGGCGGACAUGUCCCAAGGCGAAGGCCUGGCCACGGCGUCGGCCGACGAUGACGAGGACAACCAGGACGACAGCGAUGCCGGGGACAACAGCUCGGACACCGAGAGCGCUCCCUCGCCCUCGCAGGCCGACCCCUCCAAGGCUGGCGACGGCAAGAGGGCCGACGGCGGGGCGGCCAACAGCCACCCCUCGGAGCAGGACCAGGCCCAGGGUGCGGCCCAGAGCCAGGGCGCGGCCCAGGCCGGGGGCGUGGCGGCGGGCCCGAGCUCCAAGACCCAGGAGACGCCCUACGGCGAGCUGAGGGUCAAGCAGGAGAAGAGCCCCGAGGGCGACGGGGGCACCCCGGAGGAGAGGGCCAGGGCGGCCCCGUACACCGGCGUGCUGCACCCCAAGACGGAGCCCCAGGACCUGGAGCUGAGGAGCGGCGGCGGCGGGGGGGAGGUCCAGGUGAAGGUGGAGCCCGAGGCCAAAGAGCGAGGGGAUAAGGGCCAGCCGGACGAGCGGCAGAGGGAGCUCCACUCGGACAACGACUCCAGCGCCACCUGCAGCGCCGACGAGGAUGUGGAGGCGGAGCCCGAGAGGCAGAAGAUGUACACCUUGGACAAGCCUUCGAUGCUGGGGCCCCCGGGGUCCGUGCUGGUCUCCUCCAAGCUCAACAUGCAGCAGCUGCAUCACCGCGCCGCAAACAUACCCCCCAUGGUGCAGGGUCCCUACGGGCCCGGGGCCGUGCCCGUCAGUGGCUUCACUAUGUUCCAGCACCAGAUCAAGGCGGUGCAUGAGUCCGCCCACCAGGAGGACAAGCAGAGGCAGGACCAGGGGGAGCCCGACCGCCGGCCCCCCAGCCACCCCGCCUUCAGCACGCGAGAUGGUAAGCCCUACCCCUUCAUGCCUUUUGAUAUGAAGCUGGCUCUGGAGCAGGAGGCCCAGUCAGGCCGGCCUGGCUCCCCCUACAGGCUCUGCCCCAGGGAGCUGAGCAAGGCCUCUGCCCAGUCCGAUCCCAGCGCCCCCAAUGUCUCCCGCUACAGUGUGCCUCCAGUCCUGCACCCGACGCCCAGCCAGACGGCCCAGGACAUGCCGGAGGCCGUGCGGGUGUCGUUCAGGCACAGCCGGCCCCCAAACAUUCCAGCUCCGCCGCCCCUCAUUCCCACCUCCAAGCACACGGACAAGCCCUCCUUCAUCCAGGGCGGCUCCAUCUCCCAGGGGACUCCCGGCACGUACCUCCCCUCACACGCCCUCUACGGGCUAGAGGGCACCAAGAGCUCCGUGGGCUCCAUAUCGCUGGGCCUGCCCCGACAGCAGGACCACAACAAGCCUGGCUCCAUGCAAUCCGUCCAGGAUGGGAGAGGCAACCCAGGCAAGAUGGGCGAGGGCCUGGCCUAUGGGCGCGGAUCGAUUACCCAGGGUACUCCUGCCAUGCCCCAGUCCAGCAUCGCUGCUGACCUGCUGAAGGGCACCAUCACCAAGCUGGCCACCGAGGACAUGAGCAGCCCGGACAAGAGCGGCCGGGGGGAGCAGAUGCCCAAAGGUCACGUCAUCUACGAGGGCAAGAGCGGCCACAUCGUCUCCUACGACGCCAUCAAGAACCCCAGGGAAGCCACCCGCAGCCCCAGGGCCGGCCACGACCUGAAGCGCUCCUGUGACAUGAUGGAGGGCCCCACGGGUAGAGGUCUCCCCGGCCGCGACGGAGCUCCGUUUGAAGGAUUGAUGGGGCGAGCGUUGCCUAGAGAGGGUCUCCUCGGAGAUUCUAAAGAGAGGCCUUUCAUCACUGGAUCCAUUAUGCAAGGGACCCCCAGGACGUCGGCCGAGGCCUACGACGACAGCCCCAAAUACAAGCAGAUCAAGAGGGAGAGCCCGCCCAUCCGCUCCUUCGACGGGGGCAUCGGCAAGGGCAAGCCGUACGAAGCGGUCAACACCAUUCAGGAGCUGGGCCGCUCCAUCCACGAGAUCCCCCGCCAAGACCAGUCCGGCGGGGACAGCCGGAAGACCCCCGACAUGGCGGACCGAAGGGUUUUGGAGGGACCCAUGUCCCAGAUCCAUUCUGUGAACCAGCCCGCCAUCAAGCACAACGUCAAGUCCCUGAUCACCAGUCCAGGCAAGAUGCCCCACGGUCUGCCCCAGCUGGAGGCCAUGGAACGGGCCAAGUACGAGGAGAGCAAGGGCGGGCCGGACCGCGUGCGCCAGUCCGUGGUCAACUCCACCGGCGUGCUGCGCUCCACCCACCAGGAGGCCAACAGGACCCAGCUCAGCCCCGGCAUGUACGAGGACGCCAACGCCCGCAGGACCCCCGUCAACUACAGCACCAACUCCCGGUCGUCGCCCAUGCUCGGACGCGCCCCAGACGGAGGCAUCAGCUCCGGGAAGGCCGUGUCCCACGAGAGGAAGAGUGUCAUGACCCCCACGCCGAGGGACAACGUGCCGGCCAAGUCCCCCGUGUCCGAGCCGGUGGCCUCCCACAGCCCCUUCGACCCCCACCUCCGCCCCAUGGUCCCCGGGGAGGUGUACCACCUGCCCCCGCACCUGGACCCCGCCAUGGCCUUCCAGCGAGUCCUGGACCCUGGCGCGUACAUCUUCCCCCGGCAGCCGACGCCGGCGGGCUACCCCAACACCUACCAGCUGUACACCAUGGAGACCACGCGCCAGACCAUCCUCAACGACUACAUCACCUCCCAGCAGAUGCAGGUCAUCCCGCGGCCGGACCUGGCCCGGGGCCUGUCGCCGCGGGAACAGCAGUCCAUCGCCAUCCAGUAUCCGGCCGGUGCUCGAGGGAUAAUUGAUCUAGCCCAGAUGCCUCCAACUAUCCUGUUACCUCACCCUGGGGCAACAGGUUCCCCCACUAUGGAGCGAAUCGCCUACCUCCCCGGAGCUCAGCCCCCUUUCCCUCCUAGGCCCUUCAACCAAGCCUCCAUAUCGCCAGGCCACCUAGCCGCAGCAGCCAACGCCGCCGGCAUGGAGCGAGAGAGGGAAAGGGAGCGGGAGAGAGACCGGGAACACCGAGACCGAGAGCAGCGGGACAGAGAGCAGCGGGACCGGGAACACCGGGACCGCGAGCACCGGGACCGGGAACACCGGGACCGCGAGCAGCGGGAGCGCGAGCACCGGGAGCGAGAGAUGAGGGAGCGCGAGCAUCUGGCCGCCGCGGGCGCCAGCGCGUACAUCCGCAGUGGUUCAGAGCAGCCGGGCCGGCCGGUCAGCCGUGGUUACCUGCGCUCCCCGUCCCCCUCUGUGCGGACCCCUGAAGGCGUGGUCCAGCAGAGGCCCAGCAUCUUCCAGGGGACUAACAGCAAGAGCGUCAUCACUUCUCUAAUACCCCAGUCCUCUGCCUCGGCGGUGGCGGCGGCGGCGGCGCAGGCGGGCUCCCGCUACAGCACGGCAGCGGACGCCCUGGCCGCCCUGGUGGACGCGGCCGCCUCGGCCCCCCAGAUGGACGUGGCCAAGGCCAAGGAGAGCGGCAAGCAGCAGCAGGACCACCGCGACGACGACAUGGCCGCCCGGAGGGCUGCCACUCUCGCCGAGCACCAACAGCUCCAGCAGCACCAGCAGCACCAACAACAACAACAGCAGCAACAACAACAACAACAACAGCAGCAGCACCUCCACCAACAACAACAACAAGCCCUGCACCACCAGCAGCAGCUGCAGCAGCAGCACCACCACCAACAGCAGCUGCAGCAGCAGCACCAGCAGCAGGAGGCGGAGCGGCACGCCAUGCAGGCCCAGUACGGCUCCAAGGACAAGGGCACCAAGGCCCGCAUCGAGGAGGAGCUGCGCACCCACGGCAAGACCACCAUCUCGGCCGCCAACUUCAUCGACGUCAUCAUCACGCGGCAGAUCGCCUCGGACAAGGACUCCCGCGAGAGGGGCUCCCAAAGCUCGGACUCCUCCAGCAGCCUGGCAUCCAACCGCUAUGACAACCCCAGCGGAGGCACCAUCGAGGUCAUCAGCCCCGCCAGCUCCCCGGUGCAGCCGCAGCAAGACAAGCCCGAGGAGAGGCAGCCGCAGCCACCCGCCCACCAGCGCUCCAUGGCUGGGCUAGCCCCCGCGGCGGGCAUGCGGCCCUUCGACAUGAGCCGCUACCGACAGCAGGGGGAGCCCCCCCACGCGGCACCCCAGCAGCCACCCUCCUCCCAGGGCGACAGCUACGCUCAGGUCCCAAAGACCCACCGCGUCAUGACCCUGGCGGACCACAUCUCGCACAUCAUCACCCAGGACUUUGCCCGGAACCAGGACCCUCCGGCCUCCUCUGCCUCCAGCACAUUCCAGAGCUCGGCGCCCCUGGUGUCCACCUCCAGCCGGGUCAAAGCCCCCAGCCGCUACAGUCCAGAGAACCAGGCCCCCCACCACCAGAGGCCCUCCAACAGGGUGUCCCCGGAAAACGCUCCCGACAAGGCCAGAGCCAGACCCGGGAAGUCUCCGGAGCGAGGCCGGCAGAUGGAGAACUAUGAGCCCAUCUCCCCGCCUCAGAGCUAUCAGGACAAGCAGGAGGCGGCUGGCCCUCCGGCCCCCCAGAGGAGGCAGAACGACAACCCGGAGAUCAGGAGUGACUCCCGCUCUCCGGGGAACAUGUCCUACUUGCCCUCCUUCUUCACCAAGCUGGAGAACACCUCUCCCAUGGUGAAGUCCAAGAAGCAAGAGAUCUUCCGUAAAUUGAACUCCUCUGGUGUCGGGGAUUCUGAUGUUGGAAACGCACAGCCAGGCACCGAGAUCUUCAACCUGCCUGCGGUUACCAGCUCAGGCAGCAUCAAUGCCCGGAACCACUCGUUCAGCGACCCGGCUAACAACCUGGGUCUGGAGGACAUCAUCCGCAAGGCCCUGAUGGGCAACCUGGAGGACCGGCCGGACCAGGACCACCAGGGGGGGCCCGGCUCACAGCCGGCCAACAGCGAGGGCCGCCAGGAUGCUAAUCGCUCACCUAGCAUAGGUAAGCAGAAACCGCAGAGCAAGGCGGCGAGCCGGAAGUCCAAGUCGCCCAACCUAGGCCAGGGCUACGCCGGGGCGGAGCGGCCAUCCUCCGUGUCCUCCGUCCACUCCGAGGGCGACUACACCCGCCAGGCCGCCGCCGGCUGGCCCUGGGAGGACCGGCCCUCGUCCACAGGCUCCAUGCAGUUCCCCUACAACCCACUGACCAUGCGCAUGCCGCCCACCUCCAUCGCCUCUCCGGCCAUCCAGAGCCAGCAGCAGCAGCAGCAGCUGGCUCCACCGCCCCCUGCUGGCCCCACGGCGCAACAGCAGCAGCAGCAGCAGAGGGUGUGGGAGCGGGAGCCUCUGCUGUCAGAGCAGUACGAGACGCUGUCGGACAGCGACGACUGAGCGGGCCUCCAACCGCCCACCUCCCCCCCCCCCCCCCCCCCCCCCCUCCCUCUCCCCAACUGAAGCGCCCAGGAAACCCAGUGGAACCGGGGAGGGAGCGAGAGAGAGAGAGAGAGAGAGAGCUUAUCCUGCCCACCUUCCCCUCACCUCCACUCUCUAGAUCUGGCCUCACUCACUGGUGAGUGCGGCCACUGACCGCAAGGGGAUGGCAUCCGAUGUUGUUUAUUUUUUUCUGGGUCCGAUGGCGCCCCCUGGUGACAGCUGUCAGGAAUAGCAGCUGUGGCUCGUUGCCCGGCCAGGUCUUUUCAGGACAGACUGUUUUUUUUCUGUGAACGCUGGCAAAGCCAGGCAGAGGAGGAGGGGAUGAUGGGGAGUAGGGGGUAACUAAGAGGAUUUUAUGAGUAACAAAAUAAAGAUGAAGAACUUAUGUAAAAACAAAAAAAAUUAAAAUGGAGAAAAAGGAAAUGACACAAGAGACAAUUUCUGAAUUUUUUGUUUGAUUUCUGUAAAGAUACACCUUGUCUUUUGAGAAAAUCAUUGUAUGUAAAUAGUCAGCUUUUUGCAGUGUUUUUUCGUAACUUGAUUUCUUAUUUUAAUGUUGCUUUUUAAAAUUGAUCCACUUUAAAAUGGGGAAGAGGAGAAGGAGGAGGAGCAUCGCAGUCUUUUUGGUAUCACAGACGGUCUCCCUCUUGAAACAUCUUCCACCCCCUCUUCUCAUACACACACACACACACAUACAGACACACAUUAACACAUACACACACACAACGCGUUUCCUCUUGUGAUGCAUCGAGGGAGAGGUGGACCUGAGGGAUAUACUUGAUCGUGCGUGUGGAGCACAGAGACGCGCUGGCCCCCUGCCCACCAAAAACCGCCAGAUUCUCAACAUCUUGUACAUUAGUGAAACAUACAGAUACACACCGGACACACUUACAUUUCACUACAACAUCUGGGACAAUUCAUUGAAAGAACCGACCUGUAAAGUCAACUUGUGUUACCCACUUUGCAGUCAGGGAAACUAUCUUUGGUGCGAGUUAGAAACACUGGUGUCAAGAGUAUGAAAAGUGAAAGUCAAUGAUAAGCUUAAUAUUGCCGACAGUGAUAUUCUUGAAGACAACUUCUUGGGCCCUGCAUUGAUCUGAAUUAUGAACGUGAGCUGACGUUGUCUAUGUUUUGGGUUUUUUAUAACAUGAAGCAGUAAAGUCUCCCACUAUUGCACAAAUUGGAUGCUCUCUGAAACGUAGUCAACGUGAAAAUAGUGCAAGAGAAGAAAUCUAUUUUUCUUUUCUUUUUUCCUUCGUGAGAGGGUAUGCCAUCCCUGGCGGCUUGAAAAACAAGGCAGCUUUAAUAAAUUUUCUCAGAGAUAUACAUUGGUGUUUAUUGAUAUUUGUACGUUCCUUUUCUUUUAUGUAGUCCCCCCUUUUUUUUAUACUGUCAAGACAGUCAUCUGAAACUGAACUCGGUAUUAUCUUUCCGUUGGACAAAAAAAUUAAACUAACCAAACGUGAAAAAAGGUCGCUGCACCGUUGCACUUUUUUGUUUUGCAUUGGGGCUUUUUGUCAACAAAAGGCCAUACUACCUGUUGUGUAACUUAUUUAGCCUCCGCCACAGGAGCUUACUGAGGUGUGCUUUAAAUAUCCCUACGCGGCUCGCUAGAGAGACGGAUAUUUGGACUUCCGGCCUUCUCUAUAAGUAGCUGGUGCUUCAUAUCUUUCUUUUUCUCCAGUAGGAAACUUACUUCACGAUCUCGAUUAGUGUAUGGUCCCUUCUUUUAUUAAACUUUUUUUUCCGGGAGUUGCUGUCGUUGUCAUUUUUAAUACCCUUGUCACCUUAAUCUCUUCUCUGGAUCCUGGGUUGAUAGCAUUUUAACCCCCCCCCCCCCCCCCCCCCCCCAAUCCACAAGCAUGAAGCUUUCAAGUAUUAACGCUAGGUCAUAAUUUAUAAUGGCAGUUACGCUCCUUUCUGGUUAAGCCUCUUUUUUUGUCAAAUAUGUGAAAUCCUACCGUGUUAUAUUAUAGACAACCAAUCUGCUCUAAACUUGAUCCUUUUUUUUUGUUCUCGUCAUGAUUUUCAAUUCUAGCUCUCCCCCCCCCCCCCCGUUAUAUGAUUUUCCACAUCAAUGUAUUUCCUCCCGUAUUGACGGGGUGUUAUGUGUUUACAAUGGCAAUGACGAAAAUAAAGUUUACAAACUUGAAUCUUAAAAAGACAAAAAAAUGAAAAUGAAGCCGAAACUAAAUUGAAGCGUCUUUUCAGCUCACAAUCAAACACGCAGUGGUGACUUUCUGAAAUUGAGACUUGAAAUAACCCAUGUAUCCUAUGAUGUUGAAAUGCAAUGUUCGUAUCGCACAAUGCCUCUUGGUAGUCUAUUACAAGAAUUCAGACCAAUCAAAUAAAGUGGAUCACUUCUCCACCUCUGAAAA